CCAGGACCCUGUAUUCACGAUAUCUGGUCUCCCCGGACCCUGUAUUCACUAUAUCUGGUCUCCCCGGACCCUGUAUUCACUAUAUCUGGUCUCCCCGGACCCUGUAUUCACUAUAUCUGGUCUCCCCGGACCCUGCAUUCACUAUAUCUGGUCUCCCCGGACCCUGCAUUCACUAUAUCUGGUCUCCCCGGACCCUGUAUUCACUAUAUCUGGUCUCCCAGGACUCUGCAUUCACUAUAUCUAAUCUCCCCGGUCCCUACAUUCACUAUAUCUGGUCUCCCCGGACCCUGUAUUCACUAUAUCUGGUCUCCCCGGACCCUGUAUUCACUAUAUCUGGUCUCCCCGGACCCUGUAUUCACUAUAUCUGGUCUCCCCGGACCCUGCAUUCACUAUAUCUGGUCUCCCCGGACCCUGUAUUCACUAUAUCUGGUCUCCCAGGACUCUGCAUUCACUAUAUCUAAUCUCCCCGGUCCCUACAUUCACUAUAUCUGGUCUCCCACAGUACACACAACAUGGGAAUGCAAAUAUUUUAGUAUAUUUACUGCUAAUUACCUUUUCUCAUCAGCAGUUAGAGCAGUCUUGUGAGAGCAGUUUUCAUUUUGAUCUAG